UAGCGCGGGAGCAGAGCUCUUCUCACGGAUUACAAAACGGCAUCGCAUACGAGAACCGCGGGUCCAAUUCCUUGUUCAUGAAAGUAAUCCCAGGGAUUAAAGGCAUCUGUAGUGGAUGGCAGGAAGGAGGGCAGGAUGGGGGAAGGACUUGGAGAAGAUGAUCCGAUGGAUGGACGAUGUCAACAGACAUCCACGUAACAACUGUCACAACGGCCUCGUGCCCGCCACCGCCCGGCCCGCCGUGCCGUCUGUUCACAGCACGCUUGGCAUGAAGCAUUUUCUUCCUUUUCCCGUGGACGGCGCCUCGGCAGCUGUCAGACUCUUCCCAGGAUUCAACGCGAUGGACCCGGUCCAGAAGGCUGUCCUCCAUCACACCCUGGGCCUCCCGUCCGCUGCCAAGAGGAAGCACGUCUCCUGCAGCGUCUGCCAGCUGAGGUUUAACUCGCAGAGUCAAGCCCUGGCCCACUACAAGGGGACCAAGCACGCCAAGAAGUUAAAAGCCCUGGACACUCCCAAAAGCAAGCCGAAAGGCUCAGCGGUCGCCAAGGAGACGGGCGGCCAGGAGGCUGCCGCGGGCGUCAACAGCUCGCAGGUCGCCGGCAGUGCCGACAGGAAAGAGGGUGUCCCUAUGUCCCCCGUGCUCAGACUGCCACAACUCCUUGAGUCCGCAGCCACCCUCGCCACCCCAACACCUGCAGCUGGCGCCUCGCCACCAGUCCCAGACGCCCCAGAGACUACCUCAGCCGCCAGGAUGGACGAGGGACAGCUCCACUCACCCUCGGAACCUGACCUGGACCCUGACGCAGAACCCGAGGAGGAGCCGGACCCGGAGACAGAGGAGGAGAAAGCUCGGCGUCUUCUUUACUGCUCGCUGUGCAAGGUGGCGGUCAACUCGGCAUCACAGCUGGAGGCUCACAAUAGCGGCACCAAGCACAAGACCAUGCUGGAGGCCCGCAGCGGGGUGGGCUCCAUCAAGUCCUUCCCGCGGGCCGGAGUCAAAGGCAAACUGGCACCGCCGUCCAAAACGGCCACGGGCCUACAGAACAAAACGUUUUACUGUGAGACGUGCGACGUGCACGUCAACUCCGAGACGCAGCUGAAGCAGCACAUCAGCAGUCGUCGUCAUAAAGACAGAGCCGCGGGGAAACCAGCCAAGCCCAAAUACAGCCCCUACAGCAAACCACAGAAAGGAGCCACCAAACAGACGCUUCUGCUUAAGUGGUGCUCGUGCAGCAACAACAGAAUGGAGAAACCUCAUAAAAGGAGCACACAAUGCCUCCCUUGUGACCUUCCCGCUUAGCUUCAGUGCUUUGCAGUCUUUUGCAUACCUGCGGUGGCUUACAAGUACAGUCGAGGUUUGAAUAUCGCCCCCUCACUAUUUUGUGUUUUUGUCAAAAAAUUAUGAAUAAAUGGUCGCUGUUUGGUGCUUGACUGUGGCCUUUUAUUAGCCAGAAAUAUUGAAAGACAAGUUAGAUGUGGUAUUGUGGUCGCUCGGCACCAGUAAUGUUAGAUUACACGCCGCGUGGAGACCUGCUACUGAGCCAGCAGUGCCAGGCCGAUGUGCCAUGUCUGAGAUCGAGUGGUGGAAAAAAGGUUCUCCUCUCAUUCCAUGUGGAAGUGGUAACUUUCUGGCUUCUUUGUCCUUCUUCCCCACUCCGUUUGAAACACUUUCUUAACUUUAGUAUAAGUAGUAUUGAGGCUAGUAGCUCGCGAGUUCCUUUCAUCAGUUAUUAUUUUACUAUUGAUUAUUAUUAUUUACUUUGACUGUUAUAUAAAUUAUUUACUGUGACAGGAACUUCAACUCCUAUAUUACCACAUUGUUAUAUUACCUUAUCAUUCUCCUAUGUAUCUUAAACGAGCAAAGAGUAGCCUACAAUAGGAACACAGGAAGUGAACAAAUGCAUCGCGAUUGAUGUGAAACGGCUGGGGGGGCGUAGGAUAAGCUUUUCCUUUUUGGACAUGUGGAACUGUAAUAUGCGAUGUAAGUUGUAUGCAUGUUGAAAAUAAAUUCAACCCUUACCGUAGCUUGCUAAGCGAGCGGCGGCCUGCUCAGUGCAAACUAAACAAAGAAUAGCGGGAGUGUAAAAGUGACUGUAGGGGUGUUAUGUCACGUCUACAGGGCUCUAAUAACGUUAAAACCUGUAUUUAGAAAGUCCUAACCAGGUUUUCUAUGCUCUACCUAUGAAAAUAUUCCAACUAUUAAUAUUGAAUCCUACUUAACUGGAAUGUAUCUGCGGUCGGGUCUGGAACCAGUGAACCGCGAUAAACGAGGGACGACUCUACCUCAGUUUUUGUUAUUAAUUCGUUCCAAAAGGUCAGCUGGAACCAAAACCGAGGCCAUUUUUCUUAAAGGAGAUAAUGGAAAUCCAAUGAAUCUGGCCAGACACCCCAAAAUACGAACAAAAAAUACAUUUUCUAGAGAAUAAUUGCAGUGUUACCUGCAGACAACAAUGCAAAAUCAUUAGAAAUGAAGAAUGAAAUGACAAAUGAACAUUUAAGCUGAUUUUUAUCUUUUAUUGAAGACUCUUGAUGGCAAAGACAGUGAGGAAGGAUGGGAGGGGGUUCCAUUUUUGUACUUUGCAAUUAGUUAUUUCUUGAAUUCAGUGGCGUUUCUCACCUUCUUCAUCAAAUAUUUGCUGCCACUCUCAACUUUCUUUGGUUAUUUUGCAGCCGCAAGUAAUAAAAAAAUGCAUUGAUGUUGAGUCAGCAAUGCGUAGGCGUGUGCAGGUUUGUUUGGGCAAUUCACUUUGUGGAACGAUACAAUACAGGGACUAGUUUAAGACCUUGUGCGACAACAUUUUUGCCAAAAACUCCAGAACAGAUGCUCAAAGUCGCUCAGAAAAGAGAUUUUAAAAGCUGUUGUUUUUUUUUAGCAGUUUUGCAGAUGCCCACAAAGAAGUCCUGUAUGGGGGGGGGGACAGAGCCUCAUGCUCCCGCUCAGAGAAACUCUCUGAAAAUGGUGUUUGGAUGAAAGGGGGUGUUAGUCGUUUAGGCGAAAUGGCUUUUUCUGAAACCCAUCAUUGACCGAGUUAACGGAGAGGAGCUUCUCUGAUGUGCGGCGCCCCCACCCCCUCAUCGCCCGUGCCGGCGAUUGAUAACCCGUGACAUCGUCUGGCGUCCCGAUGCCGCGAGAGCGCCGCGUUUCCAUCACGGACACAGAAGAUUAGGCCGGAUAACUUUGGUCACCUUUUCACCCUAUUAGCUUGCAGUGCUGCAGCGCCAACGACAGCCUCAAAUAACACCGCCGCCCGCUGCUAUCUGCAGACGGAAAGACCAUCGGCAGCAAUAUCGGAUGCUUUUGUCUCGCACGCUUUCAUGUUUGAGCAACUGAAGUUGAUUCUCAGUCAUUCUGAUCAACCGAAGGCAACCGAAGGCAAAUGAUCAAAUCUCUAGUGUGUCGUGCAGUCGAUUGAAGAGCAAAAACAUUCACGCUACAUUCAAUGAAAUGUUAACAAAAUAUAAAUUGUUUCUGAAAACAAGUGUGCCAUUUAUCAAUAUCUGUCUCUGUUGGUUCCGAAAAGGGGUAUGUGAAUUUCAGAAAGACUACUUUUAAGAAAGCGCUUCCCGUUCAUUGACAAUGCUAAAACUCAUCCCUCGCCACUUUGCGCUUUGAAUUUCACGGCUUCGCUCUGUCACGGUUUUUCAAAAUAUACAGUGUUCCCUCGCUCUAUCGCGGUUCGCCUUUCGCAGAGGUUCUUUUAGUGCUUUUUUUUUUGCAGCAUAUGAACGCCAUGACAAUCCAGGCCCUUUAAGAAGAAUGGCAUUGUGGGAAGUUGAGUGUCUCUCUCUUCCCUCCCUCGCUGUCCGUCUGCACUGCCCAUUGUUUUCUGCGUCCUGAUUGGCUGAAAGACCAUUGUCAAUCAAUCUCCUUUGUGCCACCCUGCGUGUCUCCUGUGUCAUCGCUAGCUUGCUUGCUUGCUAGCUUGUAAGAAUCUUGAGCUCGAAGGACUGCAGCAAUAUGUUUUAACAGGGAUACAAAAAUACGACAGUACAGCGGAACGGUGCCAGGACGAAAAGGCACGGUCACGAGAGUGAAAUAUGCGUGAGUGACUUAAUAAUAAUUAUAUACAUUUAAUGUUUUACGGCUUUAAAACAUAUAGAAUCAUUGUAAACAAAUGAAGUUCGCUACUGUGCAGAUUUCACUUAUUGCGGGAUAUUUUGGGAACCUAUCCCCAGUGAUAAACGAGGGAACUCUAUAUGAGUACAUUAUGGUGUUUUGUAGUUGACUGUGGCUUAUUACUCAAAAAAUAUGCAUCUUAUGCAUAUUGUAAAUAUUUUUUGUAGGGAUGCUAGGAUCUGGGUUUAAUGCUGCCGAUUCCGAUACUGAUCAUCCAGGACUAAAAUCGACCGAUACCGAUCACAUGGAUUAAUUAUACAUUUUUCAAUAAAUUUAUAAUGCUAUUGGCCCUGACCCAAAAAAUAGAUACUAUUAAUAAAAUUUGUAAUUAAUUAAUACAUGGGGGAUGUUGUUUGCACAUUCAAAAAAUUAUAAUUUAACAAGAAAACAAAACAAAAAAACCCAGCAAAAAUGGAAAAAAAUAAACAGUAACUUUACAAGAACAACGGAAAAAUAUGAAGAGAAAAAAGUUGUAAUUUUACAAGAACAUUAGAAGGAACAAUAUUGUCAUUUUAGUAGCAUAAAAGUUGACAUAUUGAAGAGAAAAGAUUUUAGUUUUUAAAAGACGUAAUAUUAUGAGAAAAGAAAUCUAAAAAUAAAGUUGCAGAAAAAGUUACAGUGUUACGAGAAUAAAAUCAAAACGUUAUGGGUUAGUUAUGGCAAGUCAAAGUUAUGUGAUGAAAAUUGACAGGAAGAAAGUUGAAAUAGGUGGAAAAUAUGGAGGGGAAAAAACCCAGCAGAAAUUGAAAAAAAAAACAGCUGUAAUUUUACAAGAAUAAAGUCAAAAUAUGAAGAAAAAUAUUCAUAUUCAAAAGAGAAAAAAGUCACCAUUUUACAACAUUUGCAAUAUUAUGGAGAAAAAUAAUGUCAUUUUAGUAGCAUUGAUUUUGAAUAUUAAAGAAUCUAUGUUUUUUUAAGCCAUAAUAUUAUGAGAAACAAACAAAACAAAAUACAUUUUUGGAAAAUUAGGUUGGGUAAAACGUUCUAAUAUUAUUGCAAUAAAGUCCAAAUAUGAGAAUAAAGUAUCAUAAUACGACAGAAAGAAAAUUCGCCACCAUUAUUUAAGAAGAAAGUUGAACUAUUUGGAAAAUGAUGUGGUCACCCCUGGCCUGGACGGGCCAAGUCAACAUGAACCAGACACAAACAGUUAGCGUAGAAGUCUGGUACGCAACAUACCAGUAAAAAGGCAAACAUGUCCAAUCCUGUUUUCCAAAGUAAAAGCUGCUUUGGCCAAAACCCAAAGAUGAAAGGUCCGCUUUCAUGGAUGACUAAGAAAAUUAAAACAUUUACUUUUGAGGCUGAAAUCAGCCAUUUUUACAACCAAAAAACACUAAUCGAAAACCAAAAUGGUUGCCACCUCAUGGGAUUGUGGAUGACUCGUGGAUCCAUUGGUUUGUAGUUGCAGCUGGAUGUGUGCAAACACGUGGACAUUCGUUUAGCUGAGGUAAAAAUGCUCUGAUUAGACUGGCUGGAGAUCAUCUCCACUAGUCCUGAAAACACCAACGUUAGCUUGGAUUACAACUGAUUACAACAUCCGGAAUAGAGAUGCAAUACUCUAAAAACUGCAAAGGUUUGCAUAAAACUCCUCUCAGUGGCAAGGUUACGCUAGCAACUGUGUGACCUUGAGGCUGUGAGCUCCACCCGGGAGGAAUUUUCCACAGCUGGAAAGCGGUGCAGCGACGCACAGUCAGGUGACAAAUGGAAGGAAAAAGUCCACGUUGGUGUCUGCUUAGCGACGUCAUGCUUUCUUGGAAGGCUUUCUAGAUAAGUCUCUGGCGGUAUCUGCGCCAUUCUUCCAAAAUGCAUUUCCUCAUUGCAACGUCGGCCAUCCGUGGUGAACGCUGAAACGUGUGCUGAGCGUGAUUCAUUCAAACCGGCUUAUUUAGUCACUUGACUUGGUGCUUCUUCAGAAUCAUCAAUCUUGGCUACGUAGCGAAGGUGUAGGACGACCUACCAAACAUUUCCAAAUGGAAAAACAAGAGAAGAAGUAGGGAAACAUUGCAGAUUUCAUUCCCGGAGAGCGCUACAUUGUCAAAACUCACGCAUUCAGGAGUUAAGUACACAUUGAGUGUACACAGUGUACUGACUGAAAUGUACUGGUGUAAGUAGUAAUA